GCUGUACUUCGAGGAGUUAUUAUUUGGUAUUGAGGUGUUCAGGAUCCGCUGUCCGUCGGGGAGAGAGACGCACCGGGAGCCGCGACGCACAAAACCAAAGUCCGAAAAUGACUGUAGAGAGAAUAUUCGACGAGCUUGGACAUUUCAAAAGAUUUCAGGCAUGUCUGUACUUUGCAGCAGUCUUCCAGGCUGUAGCCUGUGGGAUCCAUUACCUGGCCUCUGUCUUCCUGGUGGAGACUCCAAACUUUGUGUGCGGCAUGCCCGACAACAUCACUGAUGUCUUGUAUGGUAACAUGACAGGAUCUAGUCUGGAGGACAUCCUGCCAGUCUUCAAAGCCAAAAAUGGGCCUUUGGUGGUGAGAACGAAAGAGGGUGAACAGUGGGAGCUCAGUCGGUGCCAAUGUGCCCUGCGCAUCAACCCAAAAGACUUUACAUACCACUUUGAGGGCAACAAAACAGUGAAAGCCUGCAAUGGGAAUUUUGUUUAUGACCACACUGAAGUGUACCAAAGCAUAGUGACGGACUGGGACUUGGUGUGUGAGAGAGAGUGGCUGGCCAAGCUGUGCCAGCCCACUUUCAUGUUGGGAGUGCUGAUUGGUGCACUGGUGUUUGGGGACAUUGCUGACAGGGUUGGUCGUGUGAGGAUCUUAAUGUUCACAAGCCUCUGUCAGUUUGCACUUGGGGUGUGUGUGGCGUUCUCUGGAAACUACUAUUUCUUUGUUGUGCUCCGAUUUUUCCUUGCCAUGGUAUCCAGUGGAUACCUGGUGGUGGUGUUUGUCUAUGUGACUGAGUUUACUGGCAUCAAGGUACGCACAUGGACCUCUAUGCAUGUACAUGCAGCCUUUGCAGUUGGCAUCAUGGUGGUGGCUCUGACUGGCUACCUAGUGCGGGUCUGGUGGAUCUACCAGAUCAUCCUCUCCACAUGCACCUCGCCCUUCUUGCUCUUCUGCUGGAAGUUCCCAGAGACACCUUUUUACUUGAUGGCCAAGGGUCAAUACAAGGAAACUCAAACCCUGCUGGACACAAUAGCCCGCUUCAAUGGCCUUGACUGCAGGCUGAGGGCCGAGGAUCUCCUCGAGCCAGCAGAUCAGAAGAGCAAAGCUCUGCUGCAGAAGGAGUCAGAGGAGCGGCCAUCGCAGUCUGAAAAGAAGCUAUCUAUCCUGGAUCUGUUCGGCAGCUGGAGGAUGGUGGGGCGCACAUGUACAGUGUGGGCCAUCUGGUUCAUCGGCAGCCUGGGCUAUUACGUCUUCUCUUUGGGCUCAGUCAACCUCGGAGGAAACCAGUACAUUAACCUCUUCCUGGCUGGUGCAGUGGAGCUCCCCUCUUAUCUGGUUGGUUGUUUUGCAAUGGACCGGAUAGGCAGGAAGAGGACUUGUGCCCCAGCUCUGCUCCUGGCUGGGAUCGCUUGUAUGCUCAUCAUUGUGGUCCCUGCUGACAUCGAGGCACUGGCCAUCGCUCUCUGCAUGACAGGAAAGUUUGCCAUCGCAAUUGCCUUUGGUCUCAUCUACCUGUACACCUGUGAGCUUUACCCGACAAUCAUCAGGUCUCUGGCAGUAGGCAGUGGCAGCAUGAUGUGCCGUGUUGGCAGCGUAGUGGCUCCCUUCUGUGUGUACCUGGCUGACGUCUGGGUCUACCUACCUCAGCUAAUUGUGGGAAUCCUGGCGUUCAUUAUUGGAGUAUUGACAUUGCUGUUGCCUGAGACUCUGGGCCAGCCUCUAACAACCACCUUAGAAGAAGCUGAAGCCCUGGGACAUGAGCCCAGCAAGAAGACCUCAACCCUGGGCAAUAAAGAUGCUGAGGAUGGGUUGGAGAUGAACCAACAUAUGGAUAGUGCCUGAGCUGUACACUACGGGAGAGAGACAGACACAGAGAGAGAAGCUCUGGAAAAAAAUAAUAGAAGGAAAAGAUAGGAGGUGAUGGCUGCCAAAACCUGAAACAGUGACGUCAUUGAUUUAUUGAAUUGUUAAAAAAAGAAAAGAAAAAGAACACACUUUUAUCAGAACCAGUUGAAAUUUAGUGUUUGUUGAGAUUUUGUUCUGCAAACUGACCAGUAGUGUAGUACUCAAAGGGUCUUCAGACAGUACAGAAACCUUUUCAGCUUGCACACUCAGUAAUAUAGCAGUCAGUCACACAUACAGUGCAAUCAGGGCAGACCAUGAAUUCAGUUAUCAUGAAAAUCAUGUGCUAUGUGUGUAGUCUGUGUGUUAUACAUAUCUUGUGUAUCCAAGACCAAGAAAACAUGAAGGAUGUAAAAGGAUCAUUUCAGUUUUUGACAAUUUCAGUCUUGUUUUUAUAGUUUUGGCUAUCAUUUCUAAAACACGUUGUACUCACCAAAGUAUUGGCAGGUUAAUCUAAACCACUUUAUAUGGCAGUGCAACUGAAAGAGGACAGCUUGUUCUUCUUGCACGAUCAGAUCUUUUUUUACGAUGUUGCUCUGUCAACAGAUAUCAGCCAUCAUCUAACUUGUGAGUAGAGUAUUCUUAUUGCUGAUAGGACUGUUGUUGCUGUUGUUAUUGUACCAGUAACCAUGAAUCAUUGUCAAAUGCAAAUCAUGGGAUGAAAGCAUAAAGAUGUAAUGUUAAUUUAAACACACAUUGUAGAAUCAUGAUAUAAAUAAUAGAAUGUUUUAUUUUGAUAUCAAAAAGUG